AUGACGGCCAUGUUGUCUCUCCCGCGAGACAACGCGCCCUUCCAACGCUCCCCCUCGUCCUCGUCGCUCGCCUACGACUCCUACAGUCCCAUCCGCAAGAACCAGUACUCGCUGCCCGACUUGCGCUCCCCCUCGCUGAGCAGCUCCUCACGCACAUCGUCAAUGCAUUCAACGCCCUCAAGUAGCGUCUCUCUCGACAAAUCAGACGAGUCAAGCAGCGACGACGAUGGCCUGUCGUUUCCAAACUACAGCUCAGCGCGGCAGUACAAAAAGGGUGUCAAGUCUAUCGAUGUGGUCUCGCUGAAGCCUGCAAGUGCAGCCAUGCGACCGGGCACCCUCCCCUCACCCUCGCCCACCGAAGCCUUCUCCUCUGAUACUCCCAUGACCACACCCGACCCUAUGCCCAUAUCCGAAGACGACACGGCAGUGCGCAAGGAGCCCUCACAUCACGUCGACUACCUCUCAUACGAGUGGCGGGAAGAGGACAUCUGGUCAUCGUGGCGGCAUAUUGUGGAGCACCGUAGCGUCUACGGUGAGCGCUCCAGGCUCGAAAAUGCCUCAUGGCGAACGUGGGCCAAGGCCCAGUUUAAGCUAAAGACGGUGUCGCCCGAAACAUUGAAUUGGCUAAAAGACGUGGACGUGACAUGGCUCUACGGACCCAUGCAGCCUGCCUCGAAUCGCUUCUGCUCGCAACAGAAUUCUGAGCCCGCUAGCCGCUUGUCCAAAACCAACUCGUUCGUCAAUGGCGUCAAGAAGCCAAUUCUCAAGAAGCGCAGCAUGUCAGAAGCGAUGCUACAAAAGUCAUUGUCAUCAUCAUCAUUACUCCAACAGGCCGCCGAGUCGGUGCAGGCCCAGCAAACAACCGGUGUGACGCUGGAGUUGCGGAGGCCCCGACCAAUCAUUGGCCGUGUAACCCCCGAUUUCCCCACAUCCUCCACCAUGUCCCGAGGUUUGCUCUGGGAAGGCACGGACUACUUCUCCUCCAAAUCCACAUCCGGACUGCACACGCCCGAUCACGGAGAAAAACGGCAUAUUCGCUUCGAUGACAAGGUCGAGCAGUGUAUUGCUGUCGAGUGCAAAGACGCCGACGAUGAAGAGGACGACUGCAACCACAACCCUUGGGCCAAGUACCAGGAAAACGAUUCGUCAUCCGAUGAGGGCGUCGUGAUGAUGAAGCGAUCUCGCCGGAAGAAGCCUCUUUCACGGACGCCCUCAUCAGUCAGCAUCAGCACUGACAACAAGACCAUUGCGAAACUCCCAUCCACGACGCUCAAGUAUCGGACAGAUUCACCCGACGUUACCGAGACUCAGCAAUCACACUCUCUUGGUAUGUGGAAGUCGCGUAGUGGAUUGUCUCCAUCGCCUUCGUCGGAGACCCUGAAGCCGUCAAACCCGUCACGAAAUUUCCUGCUGGAGGAGGACGACGAAGAGAGUGAGGAGUACCUGAAGCCCUCUAGCGCUUACGGCUCGAAAAGGCCCGGCACACCCACAGCCUCUGAUCCUUACUCAUUACGACGCAGUGGGUCGUCUGCAUCACUGGAAAGCGGCGGCCUUCGUAGAACACCAUCGGGUAUGUUCAUGCCAUUUGAGGGCGACGAAGAAGAGCCUCUGCCGCCUACUCUAAUAGGCAGAGUUGUUGACACAGUAAACACUGCACGAGAUAUAGGGCAUGUCAUCUGGAAUGCGGCAUGGAGUAAUUAG